AUGCUCUGUACCUUCACACUUCCGUCUGUCCGUCUGUCUGUCUACCUGUACAUACACUCGCAGCCCUUGCCACUAGGCAUCAGCCUUGUGCGCUUCCAACUCCGCUACAUGGGUGACCGGCUGGAGCGUUCGUCCAUCGGGAGGCCAGACCCCCGGGUCGGUUUCAUCCCCGACGCCUGGCAGCGCCGCCUGCUGGACAUCGUGGACUCCGGCAGUUCUGCGGUGGUGUGUGCCCCCACCUCCAGCGGCAAGACCUUCAUCAGCUCAUAUGCCGUUCGCAAAGUGCUGGACGAGCAUGGCGGUCGUGGCCGGGUGGUCAUCGUUGUUCCUACGAAAGUCCUGGUGCUGCAAAUCCAGGCGCAGAUUGCCAAGGACUUCCACGAUGUGCGCAACUUGCCUGAUGGUAUGGCGGUCCAAGGAACCUUCACGCGAGACUUCAGGCAAAACUCCUUCAACUGUGUAGUGCUGGUGACGGUGCCUCAGUGCCUGGAAAUACUGCUCAUGUCGCCCGCCAACCGCGACUGGGCCGCUUCACUCAAGUUCCUUGUCUUCGAUGAGGUCCAGUGCUUAGGUGAACCAAGUGGGGGCGAGUUCUGGGAGCGGUCGCUGCUGGCGACAAGGUGUCCCUUCUUGGCGCUCUCCGCCACCAUCGGCAACCCCGAGCUGUUUACAGAGUGGCUGCGGCGAGUAAAGCAGGUUCAGCGCCGACAUGACGAAGCGGCACAGCCAGGACCUAGCGUCGCAAAGGCAGCUUCGAGCAGCCGGGGGCUGGCGGCUUUACAGCAGCAGCAGCAGCAACGGCGGCUUGCAGCAUCGUACGACGUGCACUUGGUCGUACACAAGGAGAGGUGUGCUCGGGAUGCAACGUGCAACAUGAAUGAUUGGAGGGGUUCCGACGGUUUGGUAGCAACAGUGUAUUAUGUAUAA